AUGAAUCUGACCUUUAAUGUUUAAUCUGCAAUAUUCCAUAUACAUAGUAUAAUAUGUACAUAUCUGCUAGGGGUGCUCAAUAAAAUUAAAUAAAAAUAUAUUCUAUUAAAUGUUAUUUUAUUUUUCGACCUUUCAGGUUUAUAUACAUUGUAUAUCUUUUUUCCCAAAGCUCCGUGAUCCCUUAAAAGCUCGUGUACCGCGGUUACGACUUGCCCCCGAGUUGUUCCUUUAACCGCGGACAGGAGCUAGUUCCAGUGAACAUAGAGAAGGUUUCAUCAAUUUGCAGCUAUCUUGUUGAAUGGCAGCCAUCGCAACUGUGGACUUGUGCGCUGGGGCCUCAUCUCGGGGCAACAAAACAAGUUUAGCGAGUUCUGCCACGCCGCUGCUCUCCUCCUGCUUCCUCACGCAACAUUGUACUGUGUGCAAAGUCCCCGUAAUAUUGGCUCCAUGAUCAUUACCACCCUUAGACUGUCCCAUAAAAAAGCUUUAGAUCUUACAGGCGGAUGGAAUCGCCUUAAAUUUCUUCGGAGUGGGAGAUAACGAUCUCUUUCAAAUAAUGGAAUGCUUCUUUGUUUUGGGUCAUAAUGGUGAUCUUAUGUUUCGUCCAUAGUUAUGAAUCGAACCAAAGAUCGGUCAAGAUCUUGUUGUAGCAAACCCAAACAGCUUUGUGAAAUUGUUUGCCUCACUUGUUUCAGCGCGUUAGAGAGCUUUCCGGGCACCCAACGCGCUCACACAUUUUUCAUACCCAAAUGGUUAUGUUUAAUAUUAUCGACACUUCCUAAAGAUAUCUUCAUUUCUUCUGCUACACUAUCGAUGUCCGAGUAUGUAGGGCGUCCCGUGCGGGGUCGUCGUUAAUAAAAGUUCUUCCUCACUCGAACUCAGCAGCACUCACCAGUACUCAGCACACCAACGCGCAACCCUAGAAUAUAGAGGAGCAAGAAUCCAUAAUGUUGCUCUCAAAUUUUGAUUUAUCAACUCCGUAGUUAAAAAAUUCAAGUUCAGAUAUUUUAUUACCGCGCGAGCUUAAAUUUUAUCCAUUUUUAAGAACACGUUGCGACACGACAUGCGACACUGAGGAAUGACUUCUAUUUUUUUAAAACAAAUGACGUUUGAUAGCUUAUUUUAUUGUACCUAUUUAAUAUCUGCGCUAUGUUUGCGAGCUUUUAUUUUUCCAAGGAGAAUGUAUCGCGUUAUCACCAUUUAUAGAACACUCUUCAAAUAUUAAACUGUUUUAUUAUUUAUUUCAGUCGUGUGCCGAGCCGCGCGUCGCCAGCCGGCGGGGGUCACAGGGCGCUGUGCUGUGUUGCCGCCUGGCCUCGCUCCCAGUGCUGUGGGUAGUCGUCUCACACAACGACACUGUUGUUCCCUUGCCGCAGCGGGUGAAGCCCUGCCAACUCCUUGCGAUCCGCGCAGCCGCAUCAUUCACACCUCCGCCAGUGAAGUCGCCGCUGCAGCGACUCGGGUGGUUCCUUGUACAUUGAUCAGUCGUAUGGUUGGGAAUGAUGACGAUACAAUAAACUGUCCUCGUCAAUACCAGUCGUUGCCUCGCGCCAUCACCGACCGCGGCUCUGUGACUUAGUAACUUAUUGGUGGCGGUGAGCACAGACGCCACUGGGCCGCGGCUGUUGUACCGGACAACUCAUGUGUGAACGUAAAUUCGCUCGACAUUACACAAAUAAGUCCGCAGUAAUGAUGUCUAAGUAAUAUUACGUAGGUAUAUGUAUGUAUAUGUUGUUGUGAGAUUGUAAGUUGAAGAUCUGUUCGAGGACGUCGUGCGGGCGGUGCUCUCAGCUGCGGCUCACAGUGGCGGCUGGUUCAAGGGCGCGGUGUGUGAGCUCUCGACGACGGUGACGGCGACGGUGACGCAUCACAACAAAACAAGCGGCAAGUCCGCGGCGUCGGCGCGUGGAGGGGACGCGAGAAGAGCUUAGUGGAGUGAAUACAAGGGCGCGCCGAGUGGUCCGCUCACAGUGCACGCGGACACCAGACAUACAACAUGACGCGAACCGCGCUGCUGCUUGGCCCGCUACUGUGUCUGCUCUGGGGAAGUCGUGCGGCGCCAGGGGAGCUGCGCCCCGCCCCAGAACUGGAGCCCCCCGCACAGGGCGGCACCGGACUCGAGCGCUCCGUCCGCGCGAGCGCCUCCGCUUCCUGGCUCAACCUCAUUGCAGAGUACGCGGACCGCUCGGAGAGUGACUCCGCCGAGGACGACGACUGGUUCCCGAAGCCAAUCCCCAUCACUAUCCCUCUGGGUCGCAAGAAGUCGAUGCCGCUGCUGGUGCUGCCGAUACCGGUCCCCGCCUCCUCUUCCAAAGGUUGCGCCGCUGAUGUGAGAGAGUCGAGCAGCGCAAGGCCGCCGUGGAGCCGACCGCUGGAGGGGUCCAGUGCCGAGCUGGACGAGCAGCUGCGGAGCGACGUCGCCGAGCCCCGCCCGCAUGCGCCCCCCGCCCUCCCGCACAGGGCGACCCCCUCCCCCGGGAGCCGCGCGCCUCAGGAAGACCAGCACGUCGACGUGCCGCGCAUACACAACAUCGGUUCCUCACAAGAGCUCGUGAAGCUGUUCCACGAUCAGAAGCCGGACAAUCCUAAUCUACCGCCUCUGCUGCUACCCGAAUACGACAAGGAGGAGGCGACAGACGAACAGAGUGUAUCCGGAAGCGAGGAGCAGCGCGGCCGGGGGCGCGGGGCGCCGGCGCCGGACGUCGCGCAGCCCGCGCGGCCACGCUUCGACCGCUCCAUGCUGAUGCGGGGGACGCUCACCGUGCCGCGCUCCGACUACACAGAGACCUUCACCGUCUGGUGGGACGCCUCGAGCGGUGCGGCCCGAGUAGACUUCUUCGACGGUGCCACGUCCACGUACCGCGUCGUCCUCCCCGACGGACACGUCCAGGGCGUCGAGAUGCACGUGGACCGCACCGAGGAGUUCGACGUGCUGCGCUGCGUGCAGACGGCCCCCCGCCGCGCCGCGCCCCCGGACCGCGCCCCGCCCGCCCUCCCCGACCUCGACCUCUUCUCCUUUGGCGGCUACACCGAGACGCCGCAAGGCAGGGCCGAGCGGUGGAAGCUGACUGCGGCGGGGCGCGGGGGCGAGCUGGGCGGCGUGCGGGGGGAGGCGCUCACCUUCCGACACGAGCUGCUCCUGGUCCGCGCGCCAGACAACUACACCGCCGUACCGCUGCAGUACACAGUGUCUGUGGACAGCUCGGUGCUGGGCUACAACGUGGAGGGCUACGAGUUCCGCUACCAGGAGCUCCGCUACGAGACUCCGGACCCCGCCCUCCUCCAGCCCAACACAGCGGACGUGUGCGAGGAGCUGUCGCAGACAGACAAGAUCGAAGUGGUGGAGCCGCUUCGGGAGUACACCAUGCCCUACAGAGACCCGCGCUACGACGCCGAGUUGAUACGACUCAAGACCAAGUUUUAUAGACAGUACUCGGACGAUGUUGAAGAAGCUUUGCGUAAGACUCUGCUGAUCGGAGCGAGUCGCUUCAUAUCGGCAGCGAACCGGCAGAGCGGUCCCUCUUUGCUGGAGGUGAACUUUCUCGCGGACAGGCUAGAGGCCGAGCAGCGCCUGCUACUGGGGGCCGGCGAGGCUCCAGGUCCGUCCUCUGCAGAGGCGGCUCCAACCUCCCAACGACGCGCUCGUCGCGACGCGGAGCGCCUACCAAGAAACUUCGACUGGCGCAGGCACGGAGCCGUCACACCCGUUAGAUUCCAAGGCUCGUGCAGCUCGUGCUGGGCCUUCGCGGUGGUGGGCGCCGUGGAGGGCGCGCUGUUCCUGCGCACCUCCCGCCUCGUGCCCCUCAGCGAACAGGAUCUCAUCGACUGCGCUCACCCGUACGGCGGACACGGGUGCUCGGGCACGUGGCCGCGCGCAGCUUACGACUACAUCCAGGACCAGGGGUUGCGGGCCCUGGACGAGUAUCUACCCUACGAAGCAAAGGUGCUGCAGUGCGCGGCGCGGCAGACGCGGCCGGUGACGCACAUCAGCGGGCACGUGAACGUGACGCGGAACAGCGAGCUCGCGCUCAAGGCGGCCAUCAGACGGAACGGACCCAACGUCGUGCUCGUCGAUGGACAGUCCAAGGGGUUCAUAUACCACAAGAAAGGCGUCCUGUACGACAACCGAUGCAAAAAGCGGUCACGCAACCACGCCGUACUCGCUGUAGGAUGGGGAGAACGUCGUGGAGAGUCCUUUUUCGUGGUGAAGAACUCGUGGUCGUCGAAUUGGGCGAAUGAGGGCUACGGAUGGCUUCACGCGCCCUCCAACACGUGCGGUGUGCUGACGGAGCCCUCGUACCCUGUGCUCCGGGACCCCGACGUGGACCGCUUGCCGCGGGAGUCUUCCUCCACUGACCCCGCCCCUCCAUUAUCAUCUUCACCAGCUCCACCAGUGGCCCCCGUGCCACAGCGCUCUAAAAGAACCUCCAGGAGGAGGUAUAGACUUAGCCUUCCUUAGAUAAUGUUUGAUGCGUUUUAUGUUUUUGUUACGAGAGAUUCUUGUCAAUAAAAUGUUUAAUAAAAA